AUGGGAAAUGAUGGCGACCCUUCCGGUACGAAACUGGCUGGUCCAAAUGUGGAAAUUUUAAAAAAGUUGUUCAAGAUUCGUGGGCUGCUCGAUAUCCAAGCACAGAUCCAUGGAAGGCUUUCAGAGGCCCUGAAAGAGGAAAUAAAUGGCUUGUUGGAACAAGAGGAGCUCAAAUGGCGACAGAGGGCCAAAGAGAAUUGGUUGCGUGAUGGUGAUCGCAAUAACAAAUAUUUUCACGCCUGUGCAAAUCAGAGACGGCGCAGGAACCAAAUUGAGCAAGUUGAUAAUAGUCGGGGUCAACCUUGUACAUCACAGGAUUCAGUGGAACAGGCCUUCAUAGAAUUUUAUCAAGAUUUGUUUACAUCGGCUGGCCCGCAUAGCAUUGAUGAUUGCAUAGCCCCUAUUGAAGGCAGACUGUCGAAUGAUAUGAAGAUCUCCCUGACUGCUACAUACACAGAAGAUGGGGUAUACAAAGCACUGAUGCAGAUGACAUUUCUUAAAGCACCAGGCCCUGAUGGUUUUUCGGCAGAAUUCUACCAACAACAGUGGUCGACCGUUGGUCGAGAGACCGAUCAGUCUUUGCAACGUUGUCUACAAAAUCAUUGCAAAGGUUCUGGCAAAUCGACUCAAGCUCAUGCUUCCAUAUGUCAUAUCUGCCAAUCAGAGUGCUUUUAUUCCGGGGGUCUAAUUUCUGACAGUAUAGUAGCGGUAUAUGAAACUCUUCAUACCAUGCAAACGAGACUGUGGAGUAAGGUGGGCUAUAUGGGGAUUAAGCUAGAUAUGAGCAGGGCUUAUGACCGCGUGGAGUGGGCUUUCUUAGAAGCGGUGAUGCACAAAAUGGAAUUCCCGGCUAGCUGGAUAAAGUUGAUCAUGGGAUGUGUUAGUUCGGUCUCUUAUGCCAUACAAGUUAACAGACUGCUAGUUGGAAAUAUACAACCUUCUAGAGGGCUUUGGCAGGGAGAUCCGCUGUCUCCAUAUUUGUUCUUGCUGUGCGCUGAGUCACUUAGUGCACUCUUGACUCGAGCUGAGAAGACUGGGGUAUUGACUGGGGUGCCCACUUCCAAAAAAGGACCUCGAUUGAGCCACUUGUUCUUUGCUGAUGAUAGCCUAAUCUUCUGUAAGGCCAAUUCGGUAGAUUGGAGGCUGGUCACCAAACUCUUAGACAAAUACAAAGUAGCAUCGGGGCAGAAGCUUUAUAAAGAGAAGACCUCCAUUAUUUUUAGUCGAAACACGAGUCAAGCAAAGAUGCAGGAAAUUACACAACUCUUAGGCCUCCAAGUCACAUAA